UACGGCACCCACAGCGGGCAGCGGCCAAAGGAGCUUUGGAACUCUGUGAAGUUGCGGUGCGAUCGUGGGGUGAAAGUGCAAUGGCGCAAAGUGGCUUCCGCAAUGUGCUCCACCUGAGCUACCGCGACUAUCGGGCCGUGCCGGAGGAGCUGCGCGAGUGUUCCGACGAGGUCGACGAGAUUUACCUGAAGGAAAACUUGAUCCGCUACUUUCCCGACUGGUUCUUCGUUGAGCUGGCCCACCUGCGCUUCCUCUGCCUUGCGGGAAACGUGAUCGACACUCUGCCCGCCCAGCUCGGUGGCUUGCAGUGCCUGGAAACGUUGGACCUCUCGGACAACUCGCUGCAACAGUUACCGCCCUCGUUAGGGCAACUGAGGCGACUCACCAAACUACUGCUGAACGGCAACUGGCUACCAACCUUACCGUCCGAACUGGGACAGCUGCACAGGCUGGAGGUGUUGGAAGUGCGCAAAAACCGUCUGACGGCCGUCCCGGUCGCGAUCGCCCGGUGCACUGCGCUGGAGGAUCUCCUUCUGGACGAUAACCCGACGCUGGUGUCCAUCCCGACGCGGCUCUUCAGUCUUCCGCACCUGUGCUACGUAUCGGCCGAGCGCUGUAAUCUGUUCCAGCUGCCGUUCGCCAUCAACACCACCAGUCUGCGGUUUGUGCUGCUGUUCAGCGGCAACCACAGCCUCACGUACUGCCCGCUGCAGCUGGAGCGCUUUACCCAGCCCGACUACGAGGCGCUCGAGGAGAGGCUGCGACGCAUCCGGAACCCACCUUGCUACCGGCAAGUGCACUGUCCCUCGGUGCCCUUCCGACUUAACUUUCCCUCGGAGCUGGUUCGCCUCAGGGCGAGAGGUGAUCCUCGACGGUGCGAGCCGCGAUCGCUACUCGAACAGGCGCUUUGUGCUUGCAGCCGGGCCAUGCCGGACGGCGCGGAAGAACAGGCGUUGGCGAAGGUGUCUCUGCCGCGGCAUCUGGCCGACGGGUUGCUGGCCGGGCCCAUCGCCCGUUGCUCCAGUGUGCCCUGCGCGCGGUCCCUUUUCACCGGAGCCGUUCUGGUGCUCGCCAAACGCAAAGGGUAUGUCCGGAACUUCCCGCUCAGUGCGCUGUUCUGCUCCGCGCGGUGCGCCGAUCGCUGGCAUCAGUACAACGAUACGUACGAGGAAUUUCCGUGGACGUUGGCAGCGCCUUGACCUUACUCGCUCGGUGCACCUUCAGUCGGGAUUGGAAAGGAAAGGAUAACUCGGUCGAAACGCUUUCGACCCGUGGAGAUGUUCGUCAGGACCAGCUUCUGAGGAGGCGGGCACGGAGUGCGGUUCGUGCUAUCGGUCCGAUGUCCCCUGGGCCGAGCAGGAACACGAGGGGCAUAAUAACGCUAUGAAUUGCACUGCCAUACUUUCAAAACUGACCGGAGGCCGACGUAAUCGAUGCUGUUUUAAAGGGUCUGUUUGGUGCUGAGAGGCACGCGCAAGUGGUUUCUGUUUUUAAAAGCCCCAAUUGCGAUAGGGAAUGAUACCGGCACCACUGAUAACAGAUUACAGACAAGCUUUCGACUCGAAAGCUUCGCAGGGAUUCCUGGUACACGCAACUGGAAGAGUAGAUUAGUGAAACAAUUUAACGCAUUCUAGUUUUCUAAGAAACUGUUGUAUUGCUGUAAUUUUAAAUAAUAGUUAUCAGAUUUUGUUGGCACGUGAGGAAAGCGAACUCAUAAAAUUAAUUACACACAUUGCUGGCGUUUAUUUCACACGAAAUAUUUCACCAAUCGCAAAUUCAAUUUCCAAGUGCUGUCGGCGCGCAAACCCCAGCUAACUGGCAACACUGCUGUGCUGUCACUUUGCACGCAACUGACAGCAUGAAUGACAACGGAGAAAAAACAAUAAAA